UGUUGAAGGCAGUGAGAAGGAAGGAGGGGUGGAGAAGACUCAACUUCUGCCAAUAGAAGGAAACGCUCCCUUUUUUUUUAUCUCUGACAAAACUCUCGGCCUGUUUACUUCGUCUGUUAUUUUCUCCGCACAGAUGAUCAUCUCUGGACUUUAUCCGCCGAUUAACAGCAUCUAAUGGGAUUAAAGCGACUCGGUUAUGAAGACGUAGAGAAAGACUGAGGCAGUCCGUUAGACAUUUAAGGGAACAGCUAAACUUUAUUAUCCAGCAGUCUGCGCAAUUUUGGAAUAAAGGAAGGCAACAGCGCGCGGAUCGAAUAAUUAACGUUAAAUUUCAGGAUCAUAUAACCAGUAUUAAAUAUAAAUGUGGAGAUGCGCUUCAAGUCUGUCAAGUGGCUUUAAACAAGGCUUUUUGCGUUGACAACGCAUGAUAUUUGAUGACAAAUACGUGUUUUUAACCCUUUUGAAUGCUUGCGUCAAUCUGGAUGACUUUCCCCUGCUUAAAUGUGUUUGAAGUUGUCCAGGAGGAUAAAUGUACCCCGUGAGGGCGCAGUGAGAUGGCAUCGGCGGUUUUUGAGGGCACAUCCCUAGUCAACAUGUUUGUGAAGGAUUGUUGGGUUAACGGGAUCCGGAGGCUCAUGAUAAGAGGAGAGGAAGAGCAGUUCUUUGAAAUAAGGACCGAGUGGUCGGACAGAAAUGUUCUGUAUCUGCACAGGAGCUAUUCGGAUAUGGGGAGACUUUUAAAAAGACUUAUCGAGUGUUUCCCAGAAGACAGACGAGAUUUAUCCAAGUCUCCUCUGAUAGAAGGCCUCGUGAAGAUCAAAGAAGCGAGAGACAUUGAGACUAAGCUAAAUGAAGUGGAGAGGCUGUUGAAAAUCGCCAUUAAUAUGCCUCGGAAGUUUUCUAGGUCAGAGGUUGUUCUAACAUUCUUUGAACGUUCACCGCUAGAUCAGGUCCUGAGAAAUGACAACGUCCACAAAAUUCAACCAUGCUUUCAGAGUCCUGUGAACAUUUCAGAGAUCAUGAGGUCUAAUGGGUUUUGCUUGGCGAACACUGAGACCAUUGUGUUUGAUGAGAGCGCUCCACAGGACAAAGAGAGACCUUCCUCCACUGACUCAGCCCAGCACUCGUAUGAUGAAGACGGGAGAGAAUCUCUGGAUCCUGUGGAUCAAGACUUAAGUGAUGAUGAUCCAGAAGCUUAUGUCACCAACUUGUCCUACUAUCACCUGGUUCCCUUUGAAACAGACAUCCUGGACUGACAGAAUUCUGCAUUUGCCGAUACUUUGAGGAGGUGUUGAGCUCCAUGCGGAUAUCCAGAUGCUUAUGCCGCUUGCCAGUGUUUAUUCAUGGAAGGAAGACCAGAUGAAGCGAUCACCACGAACUUCCUGCUCUGACUGCCUUAUAUCAUGAUUGGCUGUCCUGAGCCCACAAUGUACUGUAACCACCCACGUGCCUCCUAGAGUCAUGCUGCAGAUGAAAAACAAUAAUAACAUAUAAAACAUAAUGAGAAAGUAAGGAAGAAUAGUGCUAUUCUUGGUGUACAGAUUUUUUAAAGUCUGGGCUGCAUUGGCUGUUUUAAGAGGUGUAACAUUUUUGUGGUCGGAUUCCGAGAAAACCUGCUUGGAAAUAAUAAUUUCCCCAUUUGUGGAAAUGUGUUACCUUCUGACAAUCGUGUCACUGUGAUGGAUGUUUUGUUCGGCAGAAAAUUAUUAUUGUUAUUGUAAUGAAACUUAUCAGAACUUACAAUGUGGAUUUUAAAAGCCAGAUGCUGGUUUGUUGGUCUGAAAUCAGCACAGCAGUUCUAGCGCAGAUGUCUCUUUUUACAAUAGGAACACAUCCCUAAUGUUGGGAAUAGAUGUAGGUUCAUCAAGGACUAUUCUUAUACUUUUGUAUGCAGACCCUCUUAAUUCUUUAAUUUUGGUUACUCCUUUGUUGUAAUUAACAUUUAUUAUGAGGCAGCUGUUUACAUAUUCAUAUAAAAAUGCAAAUCAAAAAAACGCUGAUAUUAAUAAUAACAGCCAUUUCUGCAUAAAAGGUGUUGAGGUUUGCAAAAUGUGAUUUAGCUUGAGUCACACAGAAGAGAAAGUGUUAUUUAAAAGACAUUUAAACUUUUCUCACUAUGCAACAGCGCCAUCUGAAUGAAUGGGUCGCAGUCCUGAACAAGCCCUGCUCAGCACUCAAACAAGCAGCAUCUUUAUUCUAAGAAAACAAGUGUCCAUUUUGCGGAGGCGAGCACAACUUUUCUUGAUCUAUUUCUUUAUUUAAAUGUACCAAAGUAGGUAUGAUCUUGUUUACGAGUGCCUGCCACAGGAUAUGAACAUGUCAUGGCACUGAAAAAUAAUGUUUCGUAUCUGUCAUUGAGAUGUGAUAAAAACCAUUGUAGUCAGUCAUCUUGUCUGAGAUGUUAGAUUUCACCAUUUUGCGCAGAAGGACUGUGGAAAAAAGCUGAACUUUCCCCUAAAUACAAAGGAUAUGGACGCUCACUUGGCACAAGGUCCACACACACACUACUUUGUAAUACAGUCAUGUUCAUCCUGCUUGCCCAUCAGAAAGUUCUGCUCUGAAUAUUUUUACAACAUACAAAUGAAUAGAACAAAUUGAUGCCAUGGUCAAGUAGUCAUGUCUAGCCAUACAGUAUAACAUUCCUUUGUGACUGGGGUUGCAUAUGAAGGCUCAUAAUUUAUACACUUUCCUAUUAUUUUCAUAAGAAUCUAAAUGUUGUAUGUUUUAUUUUCGGUUGUCCCUCAUGUUACAGUAGGCACACAUGCAACAAAAGUACAGCAUUUAAAAAGGGACUUCAAAGAGAACAGGAGCACAUCAUGUAGCCUAUUACUAAUAAGUGUAAAUCCUAUAUUUGAUGAAUAAAUAACAUGAAUAAUUUAUAAAUAACAUGACAUUAAAGAAUUGUUUUUAAAGUG